AUGGGGCCAGGCGCCCCCCGCCAGGUGGUGCUGAGGGACCGGCGACUUUUCUCGAGGGAGACAGAGACAGGGCGAGCGCGGUCAGUGUCGACGAAGGGCCACGCGAGAAGAGAAGAGACAGGCGUGAAGGCGCGCGAGGAGAGAGGGCGAGCGGUGAGAGGGAGCGAGAGCUCGCUCUCGGCUUGCCGCGCGGGGCCCCGGCCGCGAGGAGACAGCGGCGGCGGAACGCGGAGCCCGCCGGAGGAGCUGAAAUGGCGGUCGAGGAACAGCUGUGCGUCUCCGAUUCCGAAACGGGACAGAAGCGGAGGCGACCAAUGUCGAGAACGGCGACUGGGUGGUGGAGUCCCGGUCGCGAGAGACGCGACUUCGCAGAGGAGCCAGACCGGAGAGCGGAGAAAACAGAGUGGGGAGAAAGCAAAUCGAGACCCGAAGGCCUACUUGUUUUCAGCAUAUGAACUUUUGGAUGAAGAAGGCGACAUCGCAAGGAGACACCUCGGCCCCGAAGAGCAGGCCCCGCACGCCGGCUGGCCAUGCUGGCGAGAGGAAACAGGAGAGGGCGUCCGCACCAUUUCCCGCGGGUCCAACCGCUCCUUUUCGGCCUCGCCGCGUCUCCGCCCUUGUGCCUCGUGUUCUCCCCGUUACGGCAGAGCACAGCUAGUUGAACCGGAAGUGUCUCCGCGCCCACAAACGACGCCUGGUCUCCCUGGUGCGUCGUUCGCCCUCGCCGCCCCACACAUCGACCCCACAUGCGUAGUGCACAGUCCCCAUCGCCUGGAGGGACAGGAUCCUGCGAUGCGAGGGCCCCACGCUCGAAGGCGGGCGUCCGUGGAAGUGGGCAUCGAAGACGAGAGGGGAGCCGAGCGGCGAGGAGACACUCAGAGAGAGAGGCCGUGCGGCGUCCCGACGCCUCUCUUUUCUGCUCCGUCGCGCACGACGAAUCCGGCGCAUGCAACAAAGGUCCUCAAAGGCAGGCCUUUCCGCGUGGCGCGUCGCAAGCAGACUCUUUGCAGCGAGGAAGGGAGAGAAGGGUGUUACGCUGAGGGAUCCGAUUGGGAGAAAAAAGACGAGAGAGAAAGCCCGUCUCUGUUUCGGGCCGCAACAGGGCGAAGAGAGAUUGCCUCUCGUGCUCCCCAUUCCGAAGUAGGCAAACCCGAAACGUCUGUCGCGGACAGCGAGGUGGGAGAAGGGCGAAGAAGGAAUCCCGCACUGGCUGCCGGGGCGGAAAGCGGGUGGGAAGAACACGGACAAGGCAGCGGCACGCGCGCCUUGCAGGAGGAUCUUUCUGCCGACUGGGGCCGCUGGCCCUGUCUGGGGGAGCGAGGCGGAAACGGGACUGGUCCGGAUUCUGGAGAGUCUUUACAAGGCUUUGAUUCUGCGCGCGGCGAGAGAGAAGACAGAUUUAUCUCCCCUGCAAUCUCUUCGUCAUCGCUCCCCAGCUAUCAAGAGCUACAAGGGAGGACGCGUGCGCACACGGGAAGUUCUUGCGCGCGGUUGUGGCCGCAAGAAAACACACUUCCUGGAAGCCACCGCCCGUCUGCCUCCCCUUCUCGGCACCCUCUGCGCCAGUCUCCCCUCGAGGCUCAUCGUCUCCCUUCUUCCACCUCGCCUUCUACCCGUGUCUCCCCGCAGAGCCGCUCGCAGCAGCGCGUGUUCAGCGAGUCGGAACGGCGAACGGAAGAAGGCCGGGCGGAUGUGAGUGAGAAGUUGGCGGCGUUGGUGCAGGAAGCGAAAGCCUUCCAGAGUGGCGAGAACUUGAAUCAGUUGCGCUCGCUCCAGCAGGCGAUUGCGCUGCGGUUGCGCGAAAAUCUACGAGAACAACUCUCCGCCAUCGAGUCUCUCCAGCGCAUGCACUGCCUCGAGCCCGCCACGCUUCGCGCCAGCCCCGCUUCCGUUUCUUCGCCUCGCACCCCGUUCGCCGAAGGGGUUCUGGAGGCCGCGGGGCGCCUCCCGCGAGUGCGUGAGACAGGCGCGGCGGAGAGAGAAGGACGGUCCGAGCGGGAAGGCGAGGGCGGGAAGUCCGCGAGAGAGGUCGAGCAGCACGUUGCGUCUUGCCUGGCGUUCUUGCAGACUCAAGUAAGGAAAGAGCAAGAGAGACAGCGCGCGCUACUCGCGAAACACAAAAUGCUGCUGGAGGAAGAAGAGAGGCAGAACGCAGAGUGGCGAGAGAAGGCGAUCCGCGGAAGAAGGGAGAGGGAGGACACCAAGGACGAGAGAGAAACCGCAGGAACCCAAGGCGACCCAGCGAGGGACGGCUGGCGGUGCCAAGGGCCUCCAGAUCCUUCGUGUCGGAAACAGCUCGGGGAACGGGCUGAGAGAGAGCGAGAGAAGGAAGAGCGAGAAAGGCACGAUUUGCUGGCGCGGAGGUUUCAAGAAUCAGACGCUGAACGUGUCGAAAGACAAGCGCGACAGAGUCAACCUGAUGCCAUCUCUCCUGCCGAGCAUUCUGCUGCUCGUCCGUCUCCGGCGUUUGGUUCCGGGGAAAAGCUGCAUGCGCCUUACUGCCGUCCCCACUCCGCCCUCUCAUCUUCUCUGCCGCCCUGUCGACAUUUGGAAACGCAGGUGGACGCACCGAUCGCUGAAAAGGAGAGACGCAGACGCCGUGCGUCCCUCGGAGACAUCGACUUGCAGCGAGGGGCUCUCCAGUUGGCAACGGAGAGCGGAAGGGAGGAAGAACGCGAGACCCAACUCGCGCAACUCGAGCUCCAGCGCCGACAGCUUCUCGCCCUCAGAGAAGAAAGGCUGCGCAUGCAAAGUGAGAGGCGCCGACUGCAGGACGCGCGGGCAUGUUUCCUCCAGCGCGCUCCCCAAGGGGGCGUUGGCUAUCGAGAAGAACGAAGGCGAGGAGGAGAAGACAACGAAGCGGAGGAAGACACUCAGAGCGGAAGAGAACCCACCGAAGAAGGGUCUUUUCUGGGCGAGAGCGAGAUGCAGAGUGCGUGUUUUCUCGCGAAGGACAGUUUCCACACACACACUUUCCGGGCGGACGCCCUGCAGGAAGACGUGGAUGUGCCUCCGUCUCUCUAUCGAUGGGAUGCGCGGUUCUCGGAGCUUCUGUUCGAAGACAAGCGCGUUGGGGACCGGGCCGGCAAGGCCAGCGAAGAGUGGCCUUUGUCUCCCUCGCGGGUCCCACAGGCAAAGAUCCCCUCCACAUCGUCUGCGUCGGUGGCGGCCGUUUCGGGAUUUCCACGUGCGGGGGCGAUGGUGCAGAGGAAGAGCGAUCUCCGCGAGUGUCGGCGCCUCACGAGAGAGCGCGUGGCGGCGCGACGGCGGCGCGAGCAGGAGGAAGCGGAGGCGCUGGAGGCGGAGUUGGAGAGGCGGAGACGGAAUCUGGCGAAACUUUCGGAGAAAACUCGGAAACUGGUGCAGAGACACUUGCAAGUUUCAAAAAGCUUUUCCGUUGACGCAGACGAGCGAGGCGACAGCCAGAGACACCAGAGUGUCGGACCCGUUCUCCAGUCUUCGGUGUGGCCUUUCUUCUUCCCUUCUCGCUCUUCGAAACCUGAGAGCAUUCGUAGCGAGCGCAGCAGUCUCGGGGGUGUCUACGGUGGACCGCCUCUCCCUUUUCUUCCUCCGUUCUGUUGCCGCUUCUGCUUUCACAAAGUUGUUGUGCCUUCUACGUUGCCUUCUUCCGUUCCUGUUCUUCCUUCUCGGGCCUCGUCCCUGGCGCCUGCAGCGACUGCGGGGGUGUCUUCUGUCCCCAGUCCCGACAGCGCCGUCCUGCCCCGUCCCCUCUCACCCAAAAGCCAGGAAAGGACACCCUCUCGCCACACUGUCUCUGGCGGUUCCGGGUCUACUCACGUCAUUCUCCUCACCCCCACACACGUGCGUGGCCCAGGGCCUUCAGCUCCCCCGCCACUGUCUCCUGCCGUCGACGGCGUGCCCUUCCCGUCGCCACCUCUGCACUCCCGCUGCAUCUGCGGUCGCACGACCGCUAGUUGGGCUCUACAGUCCCCGUCACCGCCCGCAACCAGGGGUGCACUCGGGGACCGAGAGGCGGUGAAGGAAAACGAAUGGGUCAGAGAAGGUGGGGAAGGAGGAGAGGAAUUGGUGAGAGGAGGAAGCGAAGAGAGCAGAGCAAGUCAUGCCUUCUCGCCGAAAGAGGGACGAAGUGGGCCAGAAAAAGCGCAAGACAAAUGGGAGUGUAGGAUGCCCCCUGGUCAAAACAAUCUCUUGAAGGCGGUCGCAGAGCGGCGAACACACGACAGAAAGGGCGAACGCGCUGGAACGCCGACGGGCUCUCUUUCUCCCCGUUCAAAGAACCUGCUGUCUCCCUAUGGAGACGAAGGAGAUUCCUCGCUGCAGGCCGCUCGCGACCUUCUAGAGAAAGAAAUGAUGCAGCGACUUGUUUCGAAACAGAAAAGUUAUAACCUUUCUCCCUCUUCGUCUUGCACGUCCUCCGGGGAUGCCUACGUCUCUCCAUCGCGUCCUGGAAAGUUCGACGAGAUGGUCGGCGGACCUCCGGUGUUUCUUGCGUCGAGAACUGGACCGGAACGCACAAAUCGAGAAUGUAGAGAAGCAAAAAGGGAGGAGCCUGCAGAAGGGGAGAUCCAGGGUGAAGAGCUACCUUCGCGGAUUAGGAUGUGCGGCGUGCUUGAUGCAGCCACCUCCCCCGUUCAAGUUCUUCGGCCUUCUGCGAGGCGGUCGACCUCGUCGAGCGAGAGAGAAGAAAGAGAAGAGAGAGGAAAGGACGAACGAGCCCAUUCGACAGACCGGAACGCCCACACACACCGCGAAGGAGACGUGGGAAGAAAAGGAAGACACUUCCAAGGAGCGGCGCAUCCGACUUUCCGCUCGCACCGCCAGUCGCCACUGCCGACGAUGUAUCUGUCUCCUCGUGCGCCCAACUGUGGAGACACAUCAUGGGACGAACACCAGAGAGGCCCAGUGAGGCGCGAUCGCGCCUGUUCGCCAGUCCUCGUUCGCUUUCCUGAGUCUUCUGCGAGACACGCAGCUCCGGCACCUCGCGUUGGCCCUCAGUCUCGCAGGCGUUCUCUUUCUUCUCCCGGUUUCCGAGAGAGUGUGCGCGGCAUUUCCCCUCCCUCUCCAGUGUCAAAAGCGCCGGGUGUCUCGCCGCUUCAACCGCUUCCUUGUGGCUUUUCGUCCCCACCUUUGUCUUCCUUCCCUCAAGGCUUUGCCAAGGACACAAACAGAGACGGAGAUGCUCUCCGCUUCUCUCCGGGCCAAGAGGACCUCGCCCCGAGGGACGCCUCUGUGAGAGGGAACCCCUCACCGAUCGUGGUGUCUCCUUCUCUUCUGAGCUCGUCCGGUUCGUCUCCCCAUCCCGGCGGCUUCGCUCACUCCGUCGAGAGGAAAAGAGACUUUUCUCCGUUGCCCCGCGGGAGUGUCUGGACGGCCGGGAGCGGCGAGAGUAGCCUCACGCCUCUUCCGGGCUCUUUCGGACCCGUCGUGCCUCCGCCACCUUCCCCUCCAGGGUGUGGGGUCUUCUCUCAGGCUUCCGGGACCUGUCAGGGUGGCGGAUUUGUCGAGGAACCGCAGGGAGGAGACGCAUCGCCGGAGAGGCGGACUCAGGUCGAGGCUCCGCGCUCUUCCGACGCAGGCGAAGACCUAGUGAAGAAGCUGCUCGUGGGGAUCUACGAUGUCAUUGGGGAGCAAGAAGCGGAGGCCUUCGCCUCGGAAGUCGCCGUUUUGCGGGGAGCAGAAGGCCACGGGGAAGACGCGCAAGCUGCAGAGACGGUGGAAACGAUUCUCCGGUCGCUAUCUCGCUUUCGGGAAAGGAGACUUUCGGGCCCACCCCGGCCUGACAAGGCGCCAGCGGGCGACGCCCGUCGAGGCGCGCCAGAGGACCAGCGGCAGGUGGAGAGUCGGGCGACAACCGAGAGGCGACGCACGGACGCAGGGGCCUCGGCAACCCCCGGCAGCCGAGUCUUCCCGACACCCCAGCCGUCUGUGGUGUCGUGUCAGAUAGGCAAGGAAGCAGGUGACCGGCCUUCUCAGCCGCGUGUCGCCUCAGCGGGGUCGCCGAGCGCCAGCCCUCGUGGCGAGCGAGCGGCUUCGUCGUCUCGGGUGCGCCCUUCCUCGUCGUUGUCUCCUGCGCGUUGCGUGGUCCCUCCCCGUGCUUCUCCCCAAGGAAGCAACGCGACUCUGAGGUCGAGUUUGGCCUCUUUCCCGGAGGGCUCUUUGUCUCCGUCUCCGCACGCGCCCUUGUCUCCCUUUCCGUCAGCAGGCCUUCUGUCUUCGCCAUCGCCUGUCUCCCCGCGCCCGUCUUCGUCCCUCGGGUACCUCUCCUCGUCGCUCGCCGUCGCGGUCGAUGCCGCAGGCGAGAAGAGGGCCGAGCGACGGGUCCCUGCGCCGCUCCAGCCUGGCGCCCUCCAGAGUCCGCGGAGUCCGCGGCCCGCCCGCCACUUCGCGUGGAGCCCAGCUAGCGGUGUCGCGCCAGCUGCGGAGGGCGAGGGAGACAAGCCCCGUGGGUCGCCCCGAAAGGAGACACCUGUCCCCAGCCACCUCUCGGGGCCUUCACUCGACCACAAAGAGUUGAUUGGGGCGAUCGUCGAGCAGGUGAUGGCCAGACUGAAGAGAGAGCGUCUUCCGCUGUAUUCCCGAAAGGGAGAGAAGAGUUCGUCCCGGAAAGUGAGAAGCAGAGAGCGCGAGGAAGGCCGGGAGAACGCCUCUGCCGAAAGUCGCCUGUCAGGUGUCUCGGUCGCUUUGGGGCUGAGCGGAUCGAGUGUGGAAAGCGGCGAACUGGAGGAGGGCGAAGUCCAAGACGCAGAGAAGCUGAAUGUGCCCUCACUGGGAGACGACGCCGCUUCUCAUCAGGCAGGCACGCCGUUGCCUGUCUCUCCUCCCUCUGUGCAAAGCUGGAAACAGCCUUCUUCACAUUCUCUGUCCCGUCAGAGCAGACAAACACCCAGCUGUUCUCUCUCGGCCCUCGCGUAUCCUCUACAGCGAGAGGAUGUACCAGAGCUGGGAGGCCUUUCUGCGUCGCCGGACCUUCUCGCUUCUUCCGCCUCGGGUCGAGGCGCCUCCUUUCCAGUUCGCUGGAGCGACGAGACAGCUUUGACGCCUGUACUGUCCUCCGGUCUGAUAUGUUCGGCUGCCGUAUUUCCCACUUCGCCGUGUGGGGUCGGAGCCGGUGUGAGCCGACCCUCCAGCCCGUUGUCGCCGGCGUCUGCAGCACGAGCAAGGAGACCCGAAGACAGAGAAGAGGCAGCUGGAGAAACCGAGACUCAAGGAGACACGGCCCUGGGCGUUUCUGGGGGAACGGCGAGCGCAGAGGCCUCGCCGUCUUCGGUGCGUUCGUCUCCCCACAUCCAACCGAGACGGGGCCGCGCCAGGGAGGUUCUUGGCGAGCCUGUUCGGCUCAGUUUUGCAUCUCCGUCGCCAGAUGGAGAACGCGACACGUGGCAGAGAAAAGAAAACCUCGCUUCUUCGUCUCCGCCAAGAAGCCUUUCUCCUCGACAAAGGCAACUUCCACUGCUGUCUCCGGCCUCGAUUCCCGCUUCGCCCACUCUGGCGCAAGACCAAGACUCCAAGAGCUCGCCUCUCGACAAGAGCCCAAAGACCAAGGAAGGAUCGAUGUCUCCUCUUCGUGACCCGCAGGGGUCGCCUCGCCGUCCAGUGUCCCCGCGGGAAGCACUGGCAGCGCGGGCCGAAGUGGAAACGGCGCAGCUCGCGGCCUCUCCGAGGAGUCGAGGAGAAAGAGGCGCGACAGAGGAAGCAACUGAGGAAGCACGUGGCUGCAGAGUCGUGGUCCCAGAAGAGGGAGAAACAAAAGGCGAUGCUGCGCAGCCUCAGAGUCCAGCGGAGUGCACAGAGGCGGGAGAUCUGCCCCCGCAUGAUAUCGCUGGAGUCGAUCGAGGCCCGGUGGUCGUCUCUCUUCGGUUCUAUCCGAAAGAUGGGCAAAGAGGAGACUCCCUUUCUGUCUCGCUGCCAGACUCUCCGCAAGGAGCUCCCGGCCCGCAGGCAACUGAAGAGAACUGCGGAGAGGCCCAGGCAGCAGAAAAAGCGACUUUUCCAUCUCCUUUCUGUCUGUCGGCAGAUGUGCAGGUGACCUCGGAUUCGGCGGGUGACGAUACACCGCUCGACAGAGACGUGGAGCCUGGCGAAGUGUUCGACCUCGGGGAAGGCCCAGAGAAUGUGUACGUCGUGGGAAUGCUGAGGCAGGAAGAUGGACGGGAACAGACAGAAGAGACAACUGCAAGAGGGAAGCGAGAAGCAGUGGAGAGCGCGACCGGCGAGACUGGGGAGAGGGGACAGGUGCAUGCACAAGACAAAUGCAGAAUUCUACAGGAACCUGAUUUGCUCCCGGACACCCAAAAACUCGGGGGAAGUUCCCCGAGAAGCGGUCCUGUCAGCCAGGGCGGCGCAGCUCUCUUCCCGAGGAGAGAUGAAGGUGGAGGCCUCGCUUCAUUCGAGAUGGAAGAGCGGGUGCCUCCGUCUCACCCUUCUUCCGGCUUCGACAAAAACGGACCCCAUUCGCUCGUUCCAGUUCCUGACGGUGACCGCUGCGACGGGUUGCGUGCUCAGUUGCCAGGAGACAACGGAGAGGCGGCAAACGUUCUCCCUGGUUCUCUCACGCUGUCUCCUCGUCGCCCUGCGCAGUCUGGGCUGUCUUUGCCUUCCGGCAAACACAUUUGCGAAAAGGACGCAGACGAGGAAACCGACGGCGUCCCGAGAGUGGCCGAAGCGGAGCUGGAGACGAGAGCCGAUUUUUCGCGAGAGAGAGGGAAACUCGAGUCGGCCUCUGUCGCUGAGAAAGCACCAGAGGGCAUAUGGGGCGAAGAAGAGAUUUCCUCGGAAGAGGAAGAAGAGAGCGAGGUUGGCGACGAUUUUCUCCAACUCAACCCUGCGUUGCUGCCGGGGCCGCUGCGCAAGAGCAACCAGGUCGUGGACUCCUCCCCAGAGGCAGCUGUGCGGAUCGCGUUCGCGCUCAUGAUCGUCAAACGCGGAGGAGAGCUGCUCGACGCUCUGGUGACCACGACAGACACGCAGACGGACAAAACUCUCUAUCGAGAAAUCCACGCCCUGGUGAAUCACUGUGCGCGAGAGAGUCCGUCGGCCGUCUGCAUCUCCCGAGAUUUUGUCGAGUUAAUCCUCGAUUUGAUUCACGACGUUGUCUCAGACCCUGACCGUUGCUUUGUGAGCACCAACCGCUGGCAGACGGAAGAAGCUCAGCAGAGACGGGAGUUAAAGCAGAAAGCCUACUCGACCUUCCCCACUCUCGCGCGCUUUUUCUCUGCCGAACAAGACAGAAAAACCUUCACUUGGCGGGAGCUCUUUGAAUGGGUUUACUCAGCUGCCUCGCUCGGCUUCUUCGCCCCUCUCUCUGCCGCAUCGCCUUCUUCGUGGCAUCGAGGCCUUCUGCGCGAUCCCGCCUUCAAACCCGUGUCUACUCUCCCGGACCUCGUAGGCGACGACGUGAUGGGACUUGCCUUUUCCCACCACAAAGGAGCUGAGUCUUACGUGCGUCAUCUGAAUCUUGUUUCGCAUCCUGAGUGUCUUACCAUUGGGGAUCCGAGGCACGGCUCGAGUACUCUUCCUUCGCAUUCCACUCUCUGGAACUCUCGCGGUCAGGCAGACGCCGGCAUUCCGGAACGAGAAGUCCAACGACAAACCGACGAGAACGAGCGGCCCACCGUCGGCAACGUGAAUGUCGUUGUCUGUAUGUCUCCGAGAGAGAGAAGCGAACAGGGCUCUUCUCCGUGCUGUGCUCUCUCCAUGUCGCCUCGUUCUCCGCUCUCCGUCUCCCAGCGCGAGGCGAGAGACCGGCGCGGCGAACCUGCUGAGGCAUCGGCGCGAACGGAAGAGCGGGGGGGGGAGCACGACACGAGACAACAAGGGCCCCUGCUCAAGGAGGCUUCGCUGUCUCCGACACGGGACACGGACCAUGGACCGCAAUUCGUGGAUCCGUUCUCGUUCUCCCCCCAGACAGGCCGAGAGAGAAAAGAGGGACUUGCGGGUUUGCCGAACUCGACGCUCUCUUCUCCUUCUUCUCUUCUGUUCACUUGUGGAGAAGGCAGUCAAACAACCAAACAGACACCACGGUUGCCUCCUUACCCUACGAAUGUCCUCGGAAAAACAAUUCAGACCCCGUCGUUCUCUCCUCGUUCUUCUGCUUCUCCUCUUUCUUCUUCGCGCCCCUCAUCUCCUGCCUCUGGUGCGUCUUCCGCCCUGUCACCCGCUUCGCCCUCCUCGACAGCUGGAGGCGACAGGCAGACGGAGAGAGGCGCAAGGAAAACAUACCGCUGCGAAGGACAAGCCCGUCCAGGAACUGCCGCAUGCGCUCCCGGUGAAGCGCAAGACAUGCACGCGCUGGAGAGCCCCGCGCCGUAUCCGUCUGCGCUCAGUCACCCUCCGUACUCGUCGGCGGAGGAGUUGCCAACAACAGAGGGUACAGCCAGAAAAGCCGCGAGAAGCUACGACUCUGGUCUCUCUGUCUCGCCAAUUCGAGGGCUCGCGAGUGGGCAACAGAGAAGACACGGAGUCGAGACAGAAGAGACACUGCGGGCGUCUGACUCUCCCAGCCAAACGGAGAGCGACGGAGGACGCGAAAAAGAGCUUCGGUUUCUCCAUGGCGAUCUGGACCCGGAGAAACAGCACUCGAGUUCUCUGUCCUCUCCUGCCUUCACCUCCGGAGGGACUUCGUUUCGCCUCGAGUCAGUGUCUCUUCCUCCUCUCCCUUUUGAUCCGAGUCUCUCUUCUUCCGAGGGACAGGAGCAAACCGGCUCUGCCGUUUCUUCCCCGUCUUCGCGGACGGAGCCCGAGGAGGCAGACAGCGGGGCGCCGUUGCUCGCAGGCGAAGAGAAGAGAGACAGAAAAUGCCAAGAGAGCGAAACGGCGACAAGCAGAGAAAAAGAGGUGAAGACGGACGAAAGAAGAACUGAAGGGAAAGAGGGAACUGUGUUACGAGCUGCUGGCCCGCGACACUCCUUGCCAUCAUGCUUUGAAGACAGAACAAUGCCAGUGCUGUGA